ACUUGUUCAUGGCAAGACAAGCAUGGCUGGAGUCUUCUUUGCAGCGCUCUGCCAGUCUGGGCCGAGAGGUGCUGGAGCGAGCCUCCAGGCGUAGUAUUGACUGGACCAGCAGUGGUGCGUCGCAGACCCCUACUACUCCAGACAAACAUGGACUCAUCCAUGUCAAGAGAGCCAACACAGAACUUGAUGUUGCCUUUGCAACCAUCUCAGAUUUUAUGGCACAGACGACCUACCAGUGCAAGAGGUUCUAUGGGUCGGACUGUUGCACUAAGCUCACAGACACUGAAAGGAAUCAUUCGUCCAGGUUCCACACUCGACCAUCUGCUGAGAAGAAGACAUCUGCUCUGCUAACCCAGAUACAUGUUAAUGUGUCGGGAAAAGGAAAAGAUUACUACAUCGAGGUUUCGCCCGGAACAUACGCCAUCACUGUCAGCACGGAGGAAUCACGGCAGCAGCAGACUCGGCUUGUUAGUGUCAGAGCUGGAGAGAGCAUCAGCACCACCUUUAACCUCUGAUAAAACCAAACAGAACUGACCAAUGCUACUGCUUGACUGCAUGCAUUGUAUUGCCUGCUUUACACUGAGAUUGCAUUUUAUUUUCUUAUCAAAAUGUUUUAUAUCCUGCACAAUGAGAAGCCAUACUUUAUAUUGCAGUUAACUUCAGUAUUAGAUUGUGUUGGUAUUAAAGCAUAGUGUGUGGCACUUACCAGUAUUUUUUAUCUGCACUAAUACUGUGUCAGUAAAUAAAGUAUUUUUUUUAAAUCCA